UUAGGUUUUUUAGGGUUAAAUUAAAGCCCAUCACUAUGAAUUCUAUAAAAACUAUCAAAACAAACGAAACAAUUGUUUUAUAUUAAAAUAAAAAAUAGUGAAGUAUACAAAAUAUAAAAAUAAACAAACCAAAUAAAAAACGAUGACAUCUAAAAAAUAUAGUGAAGUAAAUUUUUAUGCAAUUUUGGGCAUUGAAAUUGAAGCAGAUGAAAGUACUAUUAGAAAAGCUUACCGCAAAAAGGCUUUGGAAUGCCAUCCUGACAAAAAUCCUGAUAAUCCCAAAGCAGCAGAAUUGUUUCAUGAACUUUCUAAGGCAUUGGAAAUACUUACCGAUAAGUCGGCGAGAACAGCAUACGAUAAUGUUUGGAAAGCAAAGAAGGCGGCGGAGUUCCGCAAUAAACAAUUGGACAGCAAAAGACAAAAACUUAAAGCUGAUUUAGAAAAGCGAGAACGUGAGUUUCACAAUAAUUUACAAUCGAGCAAAACCUUCCAAACAGCACACAAGUCCGAUGAGGACAUUUUACAAGAACAGAUAGAAAGAUUGAGAAGAGAAGGAUCUCGACUUUUGGAAGAAGAACAGGUCAUGCUAAAGGAACAAUUACAAAAAUCCUUAGCUGAACAUAUGCAACAGCAAAAUACAAAUAAUUCAACAUAUCGUCUAAAGAUCAAGUGGAAAUCAGACAAAAAGGAUCCAUUAAACGGUGGAUAUAGUCAAGAAAAUAUUCUAACAUACCUGAAAAAAUAUGGAGAUAUUAUCGCUUUAGUUAUGAGUAAAAAAUGUGGCAGUGCUCUGGUAGAAUUUAAAACAUUAGAGUCAGCUGAGAUGGCUUUAGCUUAUGAAAAGGGUUUAGUGGAAAACCCAUUACAUAUAGAAUGGAUUACACCUCCACCAUCAGAUAUAGAAAAUCAAAGAAAGACUACAGUUACCACAACCGAUUAUGAGGAUUUGGUUAUGCGGAAAUUAAGGCAAGCUGAAGAACGUAAAAGGAUAAUAGAACAAUUACAAAAAGAAGAUUUAUAAGAUUUUAGGAUUCUUUUUCUAAUGUUUAAUAAUAUACAUAUAUUUAAA